CCCAUUUUGGACAAAAUCAACACCUGCCGGUUAGUGAAAUCUGUGACGAAGUGAGAAAAUAUAAACAUUUGCUAUGUAAAUUGUUCUCCCGCUAGCUGCGUCUGGUACUGGACUGUUAGAGAAGCGGACAAACGUACGGGAAGCGCAUCGUGAAUUUCCCCGGACGAGUAGAAGCAACAGUCGCGCAAUUCGGGGUGUGCGUACACGAGCGAAGGUUCCAAUAGGUUGCUCGUCUUUGUCGUGAUCGACCGAAGACAAUUUUCCGAGGCGUGCAAGAUCUGCCGUUUGUUUCGUGUGAAAAGUCACGCACGCGUUCGAUAGGCGCUUUUGGAUUGCCCUUUUUCAGCCACCCGGAAGCAAUUGGCUGGGAAGCUAGUGUGAAAAGCAAAACGGCGUUCGAAGCGAGCGAAGACGGUGGCGGAAUUGGCAUUCGUGCGGUGCAUGAGCAAAAAGUCACGCCGAACCAUCGUCGCGGGAGGAUCUUCGGGAGGGACACGCAUACACACACAAACACCACGUCGCAUGAUAGAAUCCUCGCCCAAAUCUUGAUGCAAAGCGAACAAUCACUGCAACAACGAUGGACGAAACAUAUCUGAAGAAUCUCGAAACGGCGGCCCACAUUAUCAUGGCCCCGCCAAAUUCCAUCACAAAUCAGCAGCGCCAGGAAUCGGAGCAAAUUUUUACUACCUUCCGAAAGACGAAAACCCCGUACGCGCUGUGCCAGGCGAUCCUGGAAAAGUCGUCCGUCGAUUUGGUACUGUUCGAGGCGGCCGACGUGCUGAAGAAAACCGUGGUUGGGGAAUGGAAAUUUAUCGCCGAACAGGACCGGGCCUCGUUACGUCAGUACCUGCUGAACUACGUCAUCCAGCGCGAUGUUCCGGUUUUCAUACGGGACAAGCUGCUGCAGGUCGUGGCCAUUAUGAUCAAACGCGCCAGCCUCGAAGAUCAUGGGGCGGAGCGUGGCCAGAUAUUGGAAGAAACCCGGAAGAUGCUGACGUCGGGUGAGUUGAAGCAGCAAAUUCUAAGCUGCAGCAUUAUGCUGGCCAUUUUGGAAGAGUACUGCAACAUCGUCCGUUCGGAUGAUACCGGGCUCAACACGCUGGAGCACUUCAAAGCGAAGAAACAGUUUGAGGAUUCGGAUCUGCUGAAAACGUUCUGCAUGACGCUGCAAGCAAUGGUAGACAUCGUGAAUAGCUUCGACACAUCCAACACCAUGCAGAUGUAUCUGUUCAAGCAGUUGCUUACCGUGAUGGAAACGGUGCUGACCUGGGGCUUCUUGCUGCCCAACCUGAGGAACGUCCGUGUGCGACACUCGCUCUCCAAGAGCAUCAUCGACACGUCGGAAACGGUUACGAAGGCGCUGCAUGCCCCUCCGCUUCGACUGCAGGCCCAAUGGAAAAGUGUCAUCUUUGACCCGAAGGUGCUGGAAGUGUUCUUUCACACGUACUGGAAGCUGCGCGAGAUAGAGGAUUUGCAGCCGAAAGCGCUCACCUGCAUCUUACAGCUGUCCACCCUGCGGGGACCGAUUAUCACGGAAAACAUCGACGAAAGUAUGACCUAUCUGGCGAACUAUUUGACACACUUUCUAUCAUUAAUGACCAACAUCGAAAUCAAAGACAAGGAAGCGUACAGUUUUUCGCUAAUCCUCCGCAAGCUGUUUCAAUUUUUGCCCACGGACAUGCUCAAGAUGCUGCCGAACUCACUGUUCGACGCGUCCAUGCAGCAGUGCUUCACGCUCACGAUGAAAUUCUUCGAACAAUCGGCCGCGGAAGAAUCGGUUGCCCCGGACGAGGCCCUGUACGUUGACGCGCUGAGUAACAUGCUCGGCAUAUGGUUGGCAUUUUUCGACGAUAAACGAAACUACCCGAUCGAACCGAUGCUGCCGUACAUAAUGCAAAUGUUCGAAAAGUACGUCCAGUGCCAUCUGGCUCCACCGCAGGGCAUUCGCGGUACGGGCCGGGACGGGGAUGGAGGCGAGAACGAAAUCACCGACAUCGAGGAAUCGGACCGGGAACGGUUCAAGGAACAGCUGACCGUGAUGGGAUUCUUUGGGCGGCAAAUUCUGCAACAUGCGCUCGGCUUGUUGGCAAAGCUGCUGGAAGACCGGACGCGCAAGUUGGGCACGCAUCUGCAUAUGCUGCACGCAUCCCAAUCGCUUUCCAUCUCCGACGGGGUAAAUUUGGAGAAUUUGUUCGAAGACUUGCACUGGUUGCUGCUGAUCAGUGGACACGUGAUAGCGAUGGAAUCGGUCGGCGAAACGCCGAUGAUACCGGAACCGAUACUGACAUUCUGCAAACAACAGGUUGACUCCGGCGCAACGGAUGUGACGAACAGUUUGAAGCUGUUGGCCUCCCCGAACCAGGACAUCCAGGAGCUACCGAACGCUGAAACGAACGUGGAUCCGGUCAUUCGUCUGAUGGCGGCCGGAUUUCGAUUGUGUGAGCUGGAAAAGACUGCUAUCGAGGUGCGCAUGUAUCAGUUCCUGAGUCCCGAGCUGAGCGCUACCACCAUGUGGUUUCUGCGACACUGGUGCGGUACGUACGUGAUGUCCAGCUACGAACCGACCGCCACGCACAUCUUCGCGAACGCGUUCGGAUUCGGUACGGCCGGAGCACUUUGGGUGAUCAACUAUCUGCUGAACAAGAUCUGCUUGAACGCUCAACACCUGCGAGCGGAACCGGCCGUCAUGGAGGAAACGAUCGAGCUCUUGCUGGCGCUACAACGGAACCGCUACCGAGCGCAAACCAUAUUCAACUCCGAAUACUUCCGUUCGAUAUGUGAUUUGAAGAGCUUCGAGCUUCCGCUGACGGUAAAGCGAAAGCUGCUCCGCGGGUUCGUUACGAUUGGCGGUAGUAUAGAGGGUGAAGAAGUGCGUAUGGAGUACAUCAUGCGCAUCGUGCAGGGGACGAAGGAGAAGUUUAACCUGCUGCAGAGCACCCUGCAGCAGAACGCGCACGUGCAUCAGAGCGAACAGUUUAAGCAAAAGGUGAUCGAAGUGCUGGAGGAAACGAUCGGUUGCGUGGAGGGAGCGUACGACAAUCUGAUCAUGAUGCUGUUUACCGAAAUCGAACCGAUCUGCAAGCAGCUAAGCACGUUCAUGUCCGUGUACAGGAACGACACGGUUAUUGUGGAGCUUGUACUGGAAUUGCUAAACGAACUGGAACGAUCGGCUGAGGUGAAGGAAGUGCGCGCGGCGCUACAUCAGUACAGCAUGGAUGUGGUCGGUGUGUACGUGAAGAACAACAGCAACCGUAUUUCGCUCGAUCCCACCAACAACGAACGGGAUCCGCAGGAUUUGAUCCUCAUUUUAAAACUCAUUCACGGCAUCAGCGCCAGCCGGGUGGGAAAUAAUGAGGAAACGCUCCAGCAAGCGUCGGACGUUUGUAUCUUCGGGCUGACAAACAUUGUGCCGAUGAUUACGUCGGAGUUGAUUCGCUACCCGGAGCUAUGCUAUCAGUACUACAUCACAAUCACAUCGUUUGUCGAUUCCAAACCUCAUGUGGUGCCAGCGUUACAUCCCGACUUCCUGAAGCAGCUCGUCGCCUCGGUCGAGCUUGGCCUAACCUCGUUCACGUCCGAGGUGGAGCUAAAGUGUGUCGAAUUCAUCGAAGCCUUUGCGCAGGUUGUCCGGCUGCACGAUAAUCGGGAAUCGCUCGUCUCACAGCUGCUACAGUCCCUCCUGAAGCUGAUGCUGGACAUGACGAUUGGGCAGAAGAUCGAUUGGAACAAUACGAGCGAUUGGUACAAGGCAAUGUUUACGGUGAUUUGCUGCUUUCCGCAAACGUUCAAGGACAUGAUACAGAGCUUCCUGCAGGAGCACGUGGACAGCAGCACCGACAAGGCGAAGGAAAUGAUUGGCGAGAGUCUGGUGCGGCUGAAUCAGAUCGAGUUCAUCAACCUGCGGCUGAUGAAGAUACGAUUCGUCGACUGGUACGAUCGGUUCGUGUCGCUGGUAAGUCUUAUGUAUAAGAAGUAAAGGUAAAGGACGGCAGCGGGAGGAGAAGGGUGCCGGAGGGAAGUGUGUAACACCAAUCUUAUCGAGCGGAAGGAUGGCAAAUGUUAAACACCCUGCUUUUUGUUCAUAUUUUAUAAAUACAUUUUUUUCUGUAUCGCUGUAAUGUUGGAAGAUUUGAAGAAGGCAAAGCUAGUGGAAGCUGUAUUUAACUGUAUCGUUCGUCGCUUGAUUUGACGAGUUGGUUUAUCUCACACUGUACACAGUUCCUUUCGUCUUUGUAUGUGAACUUUAGCAUGCUAGCAACUCUGGCCGGUUUAGGGAUAGUACGUGAGUAAAAGCGAUGAAAUUUUAUUAGAUAUGGAUGAAACGGUGCAACUAGUCCCGGACCCGCGGUGGAAUGCGAUGCGAUGAAAUGACAAACGAUUCGAUGGAAUCCCCGUACGAAAGUAUAUACAAAUUACUAGAUAGUGGAACAAUACUUAAACUAAAAGAUAGCUAGGGGCUUACUUCAAUUGUACCGGCACCGGACUUGGGAUGGGAAGGAUAUUAUUGUACGAGAGCGCGCAUUAAACCGACACGAUGAUGGAGAAGCAUGUGUUUGCUUUCACCAACACACCUUCUCUACACAAAACGGUGUGAUACGGCAAUUUUUACAAAAUGGAAAAGAAUCGCACUUGUGCACCUUUCUGUUUGAUUAGUUAGAUAUCAUUGUAGGAUGUAUUUCGAAAUCUGCACGUUUUUUCUGCAAUACGACGCACGCACACACACACACAGACAAACAAACAGUAUCACCCUAUGUGAAGGGUUCGAGCGACGAGUCGAAAACUCGAAAACUAUAGUCCGUUCUUUACGGUGCGAGCAACAUAGAUUUAGCAAUUAGAAGAAGAAAAAAUGCACCCCCCUUUUUCUGAAACACCUCGUCCUCGUUUUUGCUUCCCAUACCUACCUACCUAUACCUGUAUAUUAACCGUGUUUGAAGCAAAAUGCAAUAUACUGUUAGGGAUUGCGUGGAGCGGGAGCGCACUUAUUAUUUGGAGCGCAGACCGUAACAUUUGGAUGAAUAUUUGAUUUUACCUUUCGUCUGCAAUGUUGCUCUGUAUAGCUUAGUAAGGCAACAAGUAAUGUAUUCGUUUUGAUUUAAAGAGGUAGUACAUUCUAGGGGCUUGGUCAGGUGAUUUUACUUAGUAUAAAUGUAUGAUACAAGUCGCCAUUUUCCAGGCAAGAAAAAUAUAAAACUUUUGCACUUCAUUACACCACUGUGCAGUGUGGCAACGCGUCCGACAGCAUUUAGCUGAGGGCGGACAUCAUGGAGGCCCCAACGUUGAAGUUAGAACAAAAGACAUAUUUUUCCCCUAAUCUUCGAUAGCUUUCGUUGGAUAUAGUGGUACGAGGGAUUAUUUGUGAAAUUAAAACAUGCAAAAUUGACAAUGGUUUGAAAAAUAUGCCAUCAACUUUGUUAACACGGGCUCUUUAUUAUCCUUUCAGAAGUUUUGACUGUCUUGCGAACUUCUGAUAAAGCUUAUGAUAAAGUAAAUAAUGCAAAGAUUAUUUUUAAGACAAAAACACCUUUUUUUGAGGCUAGCAGAGUGUACUACAUUCUUAAACGGAGUCCUGGAGAACCUGGAAACAUCCUGACAAAGCAACACAUGAUUCGGUGGUGGUUGUGGUUAUCGCAUGUGUUCAGUUACAGUCUUUACAUCUACUUACUAUCGGAUUCGAACAGUUCCCCGACAGCCGUGUGAUGAGCAUCGUUAGGUGGGUAGAGCAUAAGGCGAACGAUUUAGUUGGCGCGCGAUUAGUAGGCCAAUGAAUUAGUGAUGUGCAAACUGAGUCAGAAUGAGUGAAUGAAUUAUAUCUUAGCAAUGCAUGAGAAGAUUUAAAUCAUUACGAAAAGUUGAGUUGAAAAAUCACUUGUGAUUUAAUUAUCCGUGCCGACUAAUCACUAACUCACUUCGUUAUAUCUCACUCACCAUGCUUUAACUCACUCACCUCAUUUGAACUUACUCACUAUGUUUCACUCACUCCAUAAAUUAUAACACGAUGGCAAGAUAAUUUCAGUAAUCUUCAUUGUUUGAGAUAAAAAUACACCUGUUUACAGAUACAGUCGAAUCGCUCACCGUUUGCUUCGACUCCCGAGCUGCCUGCUUCGAUUUGCGUGCCAUUACCAUCGAAAGAGCGACCUUAUGGUCGAAUCGCAUGCCGUUACUAUGGAAUCACGUGCCGGUAGCUAUGGUUUUGGAAAUGUUUGCACAUUUUAAAGUUGCUGUUUCUUUAGCUACAACUCUUGUUUAGCUACAAUUCAAGGAUAGUUUUAAAUAUUAAAGGUAAAGAAAGCAAUAUUUUAAACUAUUUUACACGUGUUUUACAUAAUGUUUCAUAGCAAAAAUGAACGAUACAUACAAACUAUUUCAUGGAACUCAAUGAAAAAAUCACAUACUGAAAAAGAAAAAAUGUAAGCAAAUUGCUUCAAGAUUUUUCCAAGUUUUCUUCGCCUUUCGAACACGUUCAUUAAUGUAUAGUUUAAUGUAUAGAUCACCAAUGAACUCUGAAAAGCUAGCCUUGUUCAUCGCUACUGUUUGAUGUUGGUAUUUUACGACACAUUUUCUUGCCAUUUAUGGUUUAUUAGCCGUUUAUUCGUAUAAAAAUGCCGACGAAAUGUUUUCUAAUGGUAACAGUCUAACCGGACUAUUCAUUACACCAAAUGCUUCAUACAGGAGCAAUCAAAAAUCCAUGUAUUUCGGCACGUGAUUCCAUGGUAACGGCAAGUGAUUCGGUCGUUAUGUCGCGCAUUCGAUGGAAAGGGCAUGCGAAUCGAAGCAAGCAGCUCGUGAGUCGAAGUGACUGUAACUGUAAACAGGUGUAAUUUAAUGCGAUAUCAAACUCACGAGUAGUGUUCGGUCGUAGUAUCGGUAGUAGCACGAGUAGUAUCGGUAGUAGCUCUUUUUUAAAGAAGAGAGGACAACUCCUCACUAACAUGUGAGAGUUGAGGCGAUCCCGGUAGCUCCACACUCACUUAGGGCGAAUAGGUCGAAGAGUGCGCUCAGAGCCCUCAUUUUACUGAGGCGAGCCCUCCCCCGGUAGCUCUCGAGCUCACUACCCAACACUACUCACGAGUGAGUUAAAACGUAGUGAGUGGGUUAAAAACGUAGUGAGUGAGUUAACACGUAAUGAGUUAGUGACUAGUCGGCAUGGAGAGUUAAAUCAUUCUUCGAGAUUUAACUUUCAAAGAGUGAGUAAAAGAUUUAACUAACUAUUCUAACUCAUUCACUCUGAUUUAACACACGUUGCGGAGUGAUUAUUCCAAUCACUACAAUGAAUCCGAGCUUUGUCUCUGUGUGUGUGAUAUUCGAUUAUGAUAGAGCCGAGGAUGAUCCACAGACUGUGCGGCGUGGCGGAAGAAGUAGCGUAACGAACUGGUGGCUAACUGCCGUUUCCUUUCCAGAUUGGUGGCCCUGAUGGGAGUUUAUAGCUAGUUUUGAUAUGAUAAUGAUUAGUAUUUUCGGAUGGUUUAGCGGACUCUUUAGCGGAUGAGCGAUACUUGGAAAAUUAAAAAGGACGACACACGACACUGUUGCGGGCGUGAUGAUAUGGGGGUUUAUCGGUAUGGAUGAGGUAUCAGGGAACAAUUUUUGUUUUUUUUUUUGUCUUAGGACAUGUGGAAGGUCGUUAUAAAUUCUUUUAAGCAAAGGGGCGGUACAUAAAGAGGGAAGAGUUUAUGUAUUGAGUGGUUUUUAGUGCACAGUUAGGAUUUCUGUUCAAAAGAUGUGUUAUUUUCCUGGAUCCCGGUAUCCGUAAGUGGAUGCAAGAUGAAUGAGAUGUAAAUCCGGCAAGAUUGAACCGCCACUACAAAACCUACGCCUGUACUACGAUUGUCUUUCGUAUGCAGCGGAAUAAAAGCAAGCAAAGAAAAAACAAACAAAACAAUGCAAACGAAAACAUCAAAAUCUAAUCAACACUUUUAAAAUUGCAUUUGUCGAAUAAUCAAGCUAAUACUGAGUGUGUACUACACCGCUAGUAAAAACGCGCACUGCAAGAAUGGGUAAAGCAGUAGUGGGCAAAACAAA